GCAUAGGAUCCGACGCGAGAGGCCCCCUGUAUAACCGAAUUAGGCAAGCUCAACAUCUUGUCAUGAAUUUACGUCUAUCAUUUCACGUCCACAUCGUGACCCAAGUAUUUCACUCUCAGGAUGUCUGAUCACACUCUUCUGGAUCACAUAGUUUCACAGACCAGGCAGAAUGUCGAGCUGUUAAUGUCUCAUAACAGGAUAUCUCCAUCGGAUGGUCGCGAUAUUCUACUCAAGCUUCCUAGCACUGGGGUGGCAGGAUCAAUGAUAGCAAUCACACAGCAAACACAGCGCCUUUCAAUCUCUCCGGCGCCCGUUCAGAGCGUGAUCAACAACAAUGCUGGCUUGCAUGUGUCGCCAAAGUUAGAAGCUCGUGCGAUCUGGGACUGGGAAAGCGAAGAUCCCAAUGAUCUAUCAUUCCGUACAGGAGAUAUCAUAGAAAUCGUGAAAGAGACCAACGCAGAUUGGUGGACAGGCCGAAGCAAGUCGGGGAAGCAGGGCCUAUUUCCUGCCACAUAUGUGGAGAAACUGGCUCCGCGAUCUGUCCGGGUCUCUACACCACCGUCUUUCCCUGAAUUUCCAAAGACAAAGACAUCGCCGGAUUCAAAGUAUGGUUUGGUUUCGGAGCCCAAGUACAUGUCCCCAGGUCUCCCGGGCCCUCCACAGUAUUCUUCACCACAGCCUGUGCAACAGCAAUACCCGCCGCCACCUGGUCCACCACCUGGUCCUCCUCCUGCAGGAGGAUACCUGCCUCCUUCAGGACCUCUCGGGCCUCCUUAUAAUCCUUAUUCGGAAAAUCCUCCAGUGGCUCAGCCAGUUCCUCAGCAGCCCCCAAAGAAGGGUCGUUUCGGCAAUCUUGGCACUAUGAUGGCACAGUCAGCUGCUGGUGGUCUUGGGUUCGGUGCAGGUGCUGCCAUCGGUGGUGAUAUCGUGAACUCAAUUUUCUAGACUUCUACUCUCUUCCUGCGUUGCUCAGUUUACACAAUUGUCUAUGCUACGUCUUUCUUGACUGGACUGGAGAAUGAGUAUGUUAAGUGUGUUGGUUCUAGUAUUAGAUGCAAAAUUCCAAC